GACGAAGAAGGUGCCAAGCCGGUGCCCGCUCAUCGCUGCGAACCACCUUCUCCUGUGUACGCUAUGGCCGAUGCCAGCAGCGCGGUGUGCAGCAGCCGGUCCGUGCUCGAGGCGCCGCCGACGGCGAGCGCCGGGAACGCCCACGCCACCGUCGUCUCCGCCGCCGAGGAGUCUGGCAGCGGGGAUGGCGCCAGCGAGCAGCAGGCCGGUGCCCCGCCGUACUUCGUGUCGUGCUCGGACGCCUGCUUCUGCGCCUUCUGCAUCCUCUUCGUGGUGGCCCUGAGCUUGUCCUUCGCCCUGGGCAUCGCCUACGUACAGGGCGUGGCGGGUGACGUGGCAACCCCUCCAGGCGCCGCGAAUUAUGGAAGCUUGCUGUCGAGUGUCCUGGCGGGCUCGAGAAGACAGGAGGCGGCGCCCGCUGCCAGGACCGUUAACGACAGUUUUUCCGUCCGCUGACGCCAGUGCGACGCGAUGGAAAAGAUGUGACGGCUUGAGGAUAUAAAUGUGUGCAAUGUAUACGCAACGAACGUAGCGUGCACUGGAACGUUGUACAAGGACGUCUCACUGCGCGUUGUCACAAACAUUUCUGUCUUUAACUUUUUGUCUUUUUCUUUAACUAUGCUAUAAGGAGCAAUACUACAGUAAAGACGUG